AUGAGUGACGUCUAUCGUUGUUGCCGAGGCGUGAGUUUCUGCGAGGAAAUGAAUGCCGCGUACCGCAAGACAAUGGAAGACACGAUCCGCAUCGUGGAUGGAUACUUACGAAAUCCGCAGAAUGGAUACUUUGCGGUCUACGACGGACACGGGGGUCGUUCCGUCUCGACGUAUUUACAGCGCGCGCUGCAUGAAAACAUUGCAACGGAACUGCAACUGGCAGACGAUGGAAGCACUGUCGAGCAGCGGCUUGAACGUGGCUACUUGAUGGCAGACAUGGAGUGCUGUCAGGGCUCGGUGGGCUCCACGGCAGUGAGUGCAUUGGUUCUGGAGGACCAUGGUGUCAGAAUGCUCUACGUUGCCAAUGUUGGCGAUAGCCGCGCCGUGGUUAGCUGCAAAGGGAAAGCAGUUCGUCUUUCGAAGGACCAUAAGGCUAGUGAUCUGAGCGAAGUGGAGCGGAUUAUUCAGCGAGGCGGCUUUGUCGUACACCAUCGAGUGUCUGGCUUGUUGGCAGUCUCCCGGAGCUUUGGAGAUUGGGAUCUCAAGCAGUUUGUAGUGGCACGACCGUACACCAGCGCGACACGGCUUGAGCCAGCGGUAGACUAUCCGUUCUUCGUACUGGGAUGCGACGGUGUCUGGGAUGUUCUGAGCGAUCAAGAAGCUGUAGACAUGGUGAGCUCUUUACCUGUCGCUCAGCAGUCACAAGCUGCGCAAGUGCUUGUCCACGAGGCUCUUUCGAGGGGUAGCGAGGACAAUGUCACAGCUAUCGUGGUAUUUCUUUGA